UUGACAUGGUCGGACGUGUGUUUUGAUAAAAUCAGAACAUGUUUAUAAUUAAAUUUAUAAGUAUAAAUAGUUGAGUACGUUUGAUAAGUGAUAGAGAUAUUUAAUUUAUGAUUGGUGCAGUGAUUUUUGUAAAGUUUGUUGUUUAUUUGAUAAAAAGAAAAUGGCGUCACAUUUAUUGAGCGUGUUUUGCGUGUUGCUCAUCGUAUGCUAUUGUGAGCCGUAUAACAUCUUAGUGAUCAGUCCCCUGGCUGGUAGAAGCCACGCUAUUCUUGGAGAUGGCAUCGUCAGACACCUCACUAAUGCGGGACAUAAGGUGACAUACAUAACAUCUUUCCCUGAUAACAUGUCGCAUAAGAAUCUCACAAUCAUUCACGCUAGUGAAAAUAAAGGAGUUAUCAAAGAACAAAUGAUCAGCAUACAAUCUAUAAUGGACAAGGACUUCAAUUUGCAAGACAUAGGCUUUUUGUUCAUCAUGUUCAUGGAAAACGCAAGAAAAGCGGUGUCUAUUCCAGCUGUACAAGAGUUAUUUAAGGAUAACAAUCAAAAAUUUGAUGCUAUAGUCGCUGAAUGGAUGUUCUCAGAACUGUAUGCUGGUAUACCAUCUAUCUACGACUGUCCACUGAUCUGGUUCUCAACUGUGGAUCCUCAUUGGAUGGUGCUCAAGUUAAUAGAUGAGGUUCCCAACCCGGCGUAUAGCUCUGAUUGCUUAUCUUCUGAUAUCCCUCCAUUUUCCUUCAGGCGUCGAGCACAGGAAUUAUAUAACCAGCUUUAUGGACUAUAUCUCCAAAAUUGGUUCGUAAAUGGUAUGGAACAGCAAUACUACGAACAAUACAUAAUACCCCAUAUUAGAGAUAAGAGUAAACCUGUACCAUCGUUGAAUACUUUGAAAUACAACGCGUCUUUAAUGCUGGGUAACUCGCACUCCUCUAUGGGAGGAGCUUUGAAAUUACCACAGAAUUACAAGGAAAUUGGUGGUUACCAUAUUGAUACGAAUGUGAAACCACUGCCAGAGAAUCUCAAGAAAAUCAUGGACAAUGCAAAACACGGAGUAAUUUACUUCAGUAUGGGAUCUAAUUUGAAAAGCGAAAACUUUCCAAAGGACUUGAAAGAGGGACUUGUAAAAAUGUUUGGAGAAUUGAAACAGACAGUUAUUUGGAAAUUUGGAGAAGAUUUACCAAAUCGUCCUAAGAACGUUCACAUUGUGCAGUGGGCACCGCAGCCAAGCAUUUUAGCUCAUCCUAACUGCGUGUUAUUCAUCACUCACGGUGGUCUGCUGUCAACCACUGAAGCAAUCCACUUUGGUGUUCCCAUCGUCGGUAUCCCAGUGUUUGCUGACCAGUUCACUAAUAUCGAACGCGCUGUGAAUAAGGGAUUUGCGAAGAAAGUAACGCUCUCCUAUACUAUGGCUAAAGAGCUUAAGGAACAGGUCGAGAGCAUUUUGAGCGAUCCCAAAUAUGCGUCAAAGGCAAAGGAAUUGUCGCUUAUAUACCACGAUCGUCUAGUAUCGCCUAGCGAUGAGCUAGUACACUGGGUGGAACACGUGGUUAGGACAAAAGGCGCGCCACAUCUACGCUCCCCUGCGCUUAUGGUGCCCUGGUACCAGAAAUUAUACCUCGACCUUCUUGCUGUUGUGUUUGCAGUUAUUUUAACAGUGCUGUGUUUAUUAUGGAAACUUUAUAGUAGAUUAUUCAAAAAAUCUAACAAAAAUAUAGGUAGUAAGAAACGAAAUUAAAUUACGGUAUAUUUAUUUA